UGACAUCAAAAAAAACACUAAAUCACCAUGAUAAUAUCAAGAUUUACAAUCAUAGAUUUUUUAUUUUCAUCGUUUACCUUCUUGCUUGUAAAUGCCCGGCUCAUCCAGGGAUUACUCGGUAAAGGAAUKCUAUACCCACGUGACUCAGAAUCCCGACAAAUCAAGUCGCUGGACGGAAUCUGGAGCUUUCGAGCUGACACUUCUUUGCAUCGAUCAGAUGGAUUCGAACUGAGGUGGUUUGAUCAGGCCUUACAUCAGACUGGUGAUGUCAUUCCAAUGCCAGUCCCGUCCAGCUUUAAUGAUAUCACUGAAAUGAGAUGGCUAAAGAAUUUCGUGGGCUGGGUUUGGUACGAGCGACAGUUCUACAUACCAAUGGCAUGGUCUGCUCAAGUUGACAGCUUGCGCAUCGUGUUAAGAUUCGGGAGUGUCAACUAUUACUGUAAAGUGUGGCUGAAUGGAAAUGAAAUUACAAGUCAUGAAGGAGGGCAUUUACCGUUUGAAGUUGAAGUAACACACUAUCUUGACUAUAGUCGAUCCAAUCGACUCACUGUAGCAGUCAAUAACACCUUAACGAGAAACACCAUUCCACCAGGGGAAUACCAGGAAGACCAAGACUACAUCGCCAGUCAAAAAUACAGUUUUGACUUUUUCAACUACGCCGGAAUUCACCGUUCUGUGAUCCUCUACACCACCCCACCAGUCUUCCUAUCUGACAUUAGUAUAGCAACCGACUAUUUGUACGACGCAGGCAUUGUAAAGUUCUUUGCUUCCGUGUCUAAUACUGCUGGCCACCAAGUGUAUGAUCGCGGCAUUACCAUGCUUUAUGAACUGCUAGAUCAUAAUAGAAGACUGGUAACGACUGUUGGUGGAACAGGACUGCUUGAAGGACAGCUACGGGUAACUAACCCGUCAUUGUGGUGGCCAAUAGGAAUGGGGUAUAAACCCGCAUAUCUUUACACCCUUCAGAUAACGACCAUWACUAAUACGACUCAAGAUGUUUACCGACUUCCUGUAGGAAUACGAUCAAUUCGACUACUGAAGACACGGUUUUUGAUCAACGAUGCGCCUUUUUAUUUCAAAGGAUUAGGCAAACACGAAGAUGCUGAUUUUCGUGGUCGAGGGUUUGAUCUUCCAACGCUAGUAAAGGAUUUCAACCUAUUGAAAUGGUUUGGUGCGAACUCAUUUCGCACAAGUCACUAUCCAUAUUCAGAAGAGACGAUGAACUUAGCGGACGAACUCGGUUUUGUUGUCAUCGAUGAGUGUCCUGCUGUUGGGUUAUCUAAACUAGAGUACUUUAACAACCAUACAUUUGAACUCCACUUAAGGAUAAUGGAAGAAUUGAUKCAAAGGGAUAAAAAUCAUCCUUCGGUGGUCAUGUGGUCAGUGGCUAAUGAACCGAUAUCUCACUACGAACACGUGGCUGAUUACUUGAGAAAGAUAAUAAGUUUUACCAAAGAAGAAGACAUUCAACAAAGACCUGUAACGUUUGUCACCAACCAGACCCCGUACGAUGCAGAGAAACAGGAGAUGGCGUCCAAGUACUGUGAUGUAAUAUCGUUCAACCGUUACUAUGGCUGGUACACGUUUCCAGGUAAAACGCCAAAAAUAUCCAACACCCUAGAAUGGGAAAUGGAAGAAUGGUUCUGCAGAUACGGGAAGCCCGUGCUAAUAACAGAAUAUGGUGCCGAGGCUCUCGCAGGUUUACACAGGGAACCCUCCAUAAUGUAUACAGAAGAAUACCAGGUUGACGUUAUGAAGCACUACUUCCCAGUUUUCGAUAGGCUGCGAUAUCAUUAUUUGAUAGGAGAAAUGAUUUGGUCAUUUGCAGACUUCGCAACCCCAGAAUCUAUCAAAAGAAUUGGAGGUCAAAAUCACAAAGGCGUUCUAACAAGACAGCGACAGCCAAAGGCUUCGGCACAUGUUCUACGUGCUCGUUAUCAGUCCAUCACCCUGCGAACUUGCCACAGGUGCACUGGUGACGAGCUUUUCGACUAUCUUUUGCAACAUAGACUUCACAAACGUCAUUCACAUAAAUUUGAGAAACCAAGACUUCCAGCUUUAAUAAGAGAAGAAAGAGUUAAUACUACUAUAGGUAGGAGGUCUAUUGACUGAAGGACUUCAAUGGCUUUAAAUAACACAGUAUUUUAUACAACAAUAGUAGGAUCACAGCAGUAGCCCUAUCAGAGACGUGCCAAUUCUCUUCUCUCUUUAUGACAAGUUCAUUUUCAAACUUAAAAAAAGGCGCUUUAUUCAAUGCAGAAAUAAAAUGUAAAAACAGAAACAGUUUUAUACCAGGACGAACAGCUGUGAAAAGCACUCGACUUUCCUAAAAUUGCUCUCAAACGAGAGAUGAGCGAUGUGAACUAUAUAAAGAUUAUUAACAUCAUCAUAAUUGUUAUUCUGUUACAGUUAUCUAUCAUUACGUUUACUGACAUUGUUAGCUUUCGUAACUUUAGUCUAUUUUAUCGUAGUUUAUAGAGGAAAUGGUCAGGAAGCCUUUUGUUGUAGUUUUUUUUCCCAACCGUACACAAUCUUUUGUUUAACUAUUGUUCUAUUGUUUUAGCCAUACUGGUCACAUCUGAAUGAACAGAGCGAAAAUUAUUUAUUUUGGCUAUUUCUUCAAAAUGCACAAAACAUUUUAACCAAUAUUGAAAUAUUUCAUUUCAUCAUCCCAUAGAGAGUGUUUAUGUUCACUCAUUUUGUAAUUUCCAUCGUCCGUAAGAAAAACGUUGUACAUGGUCUUGACUGAAUCAACAUCUAAAUACGUAGAAAAAAAGUACAACAAAAGGUUUCCAAACAAUUCCCAUUAUGAGUACGUGUUCUUUAAUCACUACAUGUAACACGUGAAACAAUAAUUAUUAGUGAGUAAUGCUAAAACUGCUUCUACUAACUAAUAGUAUAUUUACUAUUUCACGGGUUGUAUGCAAUGACUCUAAAACCUCUGUUUGUCGAAGACAAACGAAAAAUACCAUAUUAAUAUUCUGAUGUCGGAGAAUCAAAUCUAUUACUAUUCAUAUAUAUUUGUGUUUAACGUUGAUUUUACCAUACAUUAUUUACAUUAAAAUAAGAGACGAGUUUACAUAGAGAUUUCAAAAGCCGAGGAACAGCCGCCAUAGAAAUCUCCACAUUAAAAACAAAAUACAUUAGACACUACCUCAGCUCAACCAGCCACUGAAAUUAAUCAAUGCAAGCGCGUAUUACAAUAAAUAAUUUUGCGUUAUAGAGUGGUUUUCAUAAACCCAUGAAACAAAGUGUAAUAAUCAGAGUGUAAUAGAUCGUAAUAGUCGGGUAGAGACAAAAAAAAAAAAAAAAAAAAAAAAAA